AUGGAAGUCAGAUGUGGCGGUGGUGAUGGUGGUGGUCGCAAGAAAACAACGCUAUUGGAGCAUAUGUCAGCAAUUGAAAAAAGUGGUAGCAGAGACUCACUAGCAGGAGGCAUGGAAAAACGGCCAGCUCAUAUAAAUCGAACACUUCUGGAUAUAAUUCGGUAUGAAGAAUCCGGCGGCUCAUUAUUUGGACACAAAGACAAAAAGAGCUGGAAAGCUUUCAGAGACCGCCUCCGUUUAAAGCGUGCCGGUUCUGCUUGGACAUCUUUGGUUCAUAUCCCUGCCUCAGAUAUCCCUAUCCCCAGGGAAAACAGGUUUCCCAAUUCUAAUUUCAAUAAUAAUUCCUCCAGGUCUUUGAUUACCCGUCGCAAUUCCGUGCGUUUCACUACUGUGUCGUCGAUUAUAUCGCCUGAGUCGGAGGAAUUGGAUGAUAACUCGGGGAUGAAUUCUACUUCGAGACCGCAAAUGACUCGCCGGAGUUCAACUCGGUAUGGUUCAGCUACGCUGCAGGUUGAGUCCGAGACAACUCAGUCUGGUGACUUGGAUGUCAACAUUCACGCGGUGGAAGAUGGCCCGCCUUCUCGGAGUUUUAGACCGCAAAUCUCGCGGCAUAAUUCAUCUCGGUUUCCGGUUGCCGAGUCGGAUGAGAAUGAUUUAGAGUCGUCGGCACGUGAGGGAACGAGACAGCUGGGUACUGCAUUGGCAGAGGAGAGACUGUUGUCAGCGAGGGAGGCAGUGGCAGCCCAGGAGGCUGCAGAAGCAGCUGCACAGGCUGAAGCCGAACAAGAGGCAGGGGAAGGGGCGAUGCCAGGGAAUGCGGGGGCGCAGGAGCCAGUGAGAAUGUCAUUAAUGGAUUUGUUAGAGGAGACAGAUAGGCAGAUGGGGUUUGAGGGGUCUAGAUAUACAAUGGGGGAUUAUGAGGAAUGUGAUGAUGAGGAGGAGGAGAACGGUGGUGAGGAUGGUGAUGGUGGUGCUGGUAUAGAGUAUACUUGCUGCGUGUGCAUGGUUAGGCAUAAAGGUGCAGCUUUUAUUCCUUGUGGGCAUACAUUUUGCAGGUUGUGUUCAAGAGAGCUUUGGGUUCAAAGGGGUAAUUGCCCUCUAUGCAAUGGUUUUAUCUUGGAAAUUCUUGAUAUUUUUUGA